AUGGGCUCUAGCUCACACUUUACUUCAAUCAAAAGCUGCUCCAUAGAUGAGCAGAACCAUAAACCUGUCAACGAUGUUACAGACCUAAAAUGGCAAACCAUUGGAAGCGAGAAAUCCGCUGACGGAAUGAAGCACACAAUUCCUUUGCUAAAUCCUAGUCACCUCCUGAAAAAGGGGGCCGACACGACAGUUGAAACACAAACGCUGUAUUUCGCCGAUCUCAUCAGCGGCAAUUGCGGCUUCGUCCAGCUCCUAUACUCUAACGUUUUGGACAACUUGUACAAAAGUGUCCAGCUCAAUUUGAAGCUUUUCAGCUGCCAAAAUGAAGACAAGAAAUCCGAUUUGUGGGAAACUUUUAAAAUCGAGCAUAUUUCGCGUUUUACAGAAUAUCGAGUUGAGUCCGAGCACUUUGUAUAUGAGCUGACGCCUACUGACAACGAGCACGAGGGAUUUGGAAAGCUGGUACUUGUUGCUAAGAGCCUCAGGUCUCAUUCUGGAAAAUUGUUUGACAUUGAUUUGAGCGCGUCGUUUAGAAACGGUUUUAAGGUUGAUCCAGAUGGCUCGAGCGUAUACCUUGACAAGCACAAGAAGAGUCGCAAAAUAAUGCGGCACGUGUUCGUUCCCAAGAGCACCUUUUCCGGCUCUUUCAAGACUGAACAAGGGAAUUCUCCGGCACAAUGCGUGUUCGACGCAGUGCCAAGCCUUUUCAUUGAGGCUGUGCAGGGUCUUAGCCCCAACAAGGCGGCUAGCCGUUGGAACUUCGCGUGCUUUCUUAGCAGAGAACUUGGUUUUGUGUGCAUGGAGUUCACUACGACUGCCAACUACGGAAAAACAACGGUAACCGUAAGCGGACUCGGUAGCCAUGAAGGAGUGACCGCAGUGUAUGCGUCAAGCGAUCCGGAUCCUGAAAGUCACGUUGUACAUCUCACUUCAAUUAGGGAUAAUGACAGCAACUGGGAAUACCCAAGCGCCAUCAAGGUUCCAGUUGAGGGUUCCUCGCAGUGCCUUGAGAUUGACUCGCUGCGGUUGGUCAACCGGUAUGAUAUCCUUAGUGAACUUCCAGGUGUUGUUAGAAAGAUAGUUCAGAGCAUUGCUGGUAUCAAGCCGUACCUCUACCAGUACUGUCAAAGAGCGUCUUUUCGCGGCCAAGAAGGAGUCGCAAUUGUAGAGAGCACCUUCAUUACGACCCAUGACUGA